UUAUCGAGCGCUCCUCCUCCAGCAGCUGCAGCAGCUAGCUAGCUUCUGCUCCUCUAUCGGGUUUGUUUAUGGUUCUGUUCGAUUCGGUGUCGGUGUCAGUAGGUUCUGGAAAUAUCAGACACUGUUCUAGCUGAAUAUAUGAGGACUGGCAGUUAGACAGGAGGCUCGGUUCUGUUAGCUGUGUAGUAUUAGCCGGGGCAGCAAAUCCUACGGUCUAAUCAAUCGAAGUUCUGCCGAACCGAACCGAACCCAGCCUGCUGGAUGGACGAAGCGCUCCGGUGCUGAACGAACCGGACUACAGGAUGAGCUAACUUGUUAAAAACGAGUCCGAACAGCAGAACGAGUCCCUGCCUUCCCAUGAUCACCAUGGAGCCCAGCCUCCAACCGAACCUGGAGCCCAGCCUCCAGCCGAACCUCCAGGAGGGCUCCUACAAAAUGACGGAGGAGGACGUGAAGAGGCUGAUCCAGUUCCGGGCCUCAAACGAGGUUCUGUUCACUGGGAAGAGGAACUCUGCUAAGAUCGCCUGGAGCACCAUCCUGAAGGGUCUGGGUCUGGAAGGGAAGCUGACGGCCGACCAGAUAGCCAAAAAAUGGGACAACCUGCGGACCAAAUACAAGGACCUGAAGCAGCCCUACCAGGGCCAGGAGCAGCUGGGGGCCGUGGUGGAGUCCUGGCCCUGGUUCCACAUCAUGGAUGAAGCCAUGCAGGGCCGCCUGUUUAACAGCAGCCUGGUUCUGUGUCCGGACAGUCCCGGCAGCGCAGCCCAACACCCCGACUGUCAGCCCUGUCAGAACCAGGAGAACACGGACAUCCUGGAGUUCCUCAUCAAGACGGAGAUGGAUGAGACGGUGGCAGGAGAGCCGGAGGGGGAAGACGAGCCGGUGAACGAGCCCCCGCCCUGCGGAGGCAUCCCCAUGGGAUGGAGGAGGAUUACGGAGUGCACGUACAAAAUGAGCGAGGCAGAGACGGAGCAGAUGAUCAAACUGCGGGCUGCGAACGAAGGCCUGUUCACAGGCAGGAAGCACUCGGCCAAACCAGCCUGGAGGUGAGGCUCCCUUCAGAAACCAUCAGAGGAGACGAUGUGAAC